GUGUAGUGGUGUUAUGGUGUAGUCAUAGACAUGGUGCAGUAAUGUGGCGAAAAUUAAAUGAUAUACUAUCUCCUGACGAUUUCAUCAUGAAUUAAUGAUAGAAUACGACCGUUGAGGCUUUGUUUGUUUUAAAAUAAAUUUAAUUAACAUUAAAUAAAAAAUCGUAUGUUAAAACCAUUUCGACCUUGGGUUUCACCACCCAUUCUCAAGCCAUUUCAUUAAAAUAAAAUAAAUGCUUUAUGCAGAAAAAUGCGGCAAAUUUAAAAUAUAUAGGCGCGAAAUGUUAUCGUCGUAUCUUUUUUUACUGACAAACUUGUUUGACCGGCUAUAUUACUUACUGCUUACUUUACUCUUUGGUUUUCAUUUUGUUGGUUGUUUGGGUAUUUGUACAGCCAACCGUUGCUAUGCAACAGAAUUAAAUGUCUUUAUUUCGGUAAUGAAUUUCAAAUUGGGGUAAUUUUAUUUAAUUUCGUUAAAUUAUCACAGUGAAUCACCAUGACUCCUAAAGAACAAGAUGGUAAAGUUAAGCAAGUGAGAAAUAAAAAGCUCCUUCCUGAUCUGAGGAAGGAGGGCGUGCUCACCAAAGAAAUAAUCCUAGCUACAAAAGAAAAGCACCAAGGUUCGACUGGAUAUCGGUUGUUCUCUCACCACACACUCGCUAGUGUAAGAAAAAUGAGCUAUUUCCACCCGUUCUAUAUUCCAGACGACAGUCUAGACAUAGUGCUAGCGGCCACAUACAACCACUCGACGGAACGGUUCGCAGACAAAGAGGACCUGUACCUCCAGCCGGAGACCAUUGGCUGCGACACCUGGCGCAGGCUAAGGAACACGUGCGAUAAGCGCACUGCUGUUGUUCAAGAUCACCCGCUGAAACGCGGCGGGCUGACGGAGCGGCGGUCGCCAUUCAGCGUGAAGCUCAUGAACUCCGGCGUGCACUCGUCGCAGACCAACCCCGGCUACAGCCGCAAGCCGGCCGGCGGCGCCAUUUUCUUCUAUUAAUUCGUUAACCACUGUACAGAUAAAAAUGUCCGCAAAUACUUUUUUGUAGCGUGGUGAAGUGAGAUUAGAAAAAUAAUAGAUGUAUUCUGACAAGCUUUGUCAUUAGAAAAAGGCGGCAAAUUCUAUCGGUUUCAGUUCCAAAGUUAAACUUGACCAUCAAGAAAUUUUGCUUCGGACUGGACGCAAAAAUUUCUUCAAUCAAAAACAAUAAUGGUCAUCGCUUCCGGUCGGAAGCUAAACAUCUGUACUUAUCAGAUUAAGCCAUACUAUACUCUGGCAAACCCAGUUAGUAGAAAAAGUCGCAAAAUUCAUAUUUUCCAUGUGACGACAACCUAUCGCGACUACAUUUCUUAAAGUUGCCGCAUUUUUAUACUGACGGAAAUGGCUUGCCAAACUAUAGUUAAAAUUAUUUGGUGCUGUGCCAGCCCAUAAGAUAGGUAUAGCGACUUGUAAUUUUUUUAUUGUGCUUCGAAGCGAAUGUCGAAUCAACCUUGUGUGCUAAUGUUAAUUAUAAUAGUUAUUCUUUGUAAAUAUUGUACCUAAACAUAAACCCAUUACUUGGUUUCAUAACUAAAUCGGAGUCAUUAGGAGAGAGAAUAAGUUUGUUUGCUUCAAAUAAAUGUUUUUUUCCUGU